AUGGAGCCCCUUAUCUUGAGCCAGGAGUCGCAGGACUCCCGCUUCGACCUGCAGCUGCACCCCUCGGGGCUGUUGUAUGAUGAGUCGUCUUGCGAGCCACCCAUUGGCGAGGACGCCCCCGUCAGCGAGGCCCCCGCCAGCGAGGCCCCCGCCAGCGAGGCCCCCGCCAGCGAGGCCCCCGCCAGUGUGGCCCCCGCCAGCGUGCCCCCCGCCAGCGAGGCCCCCGGCGAGGAGGCGGCUGCCGAUGAGGAGGGGUGCAAGAAGCCGACCCCACACCCGCUCUCCCUCCCAGACCUCCUCUCGGACGAGGCAUGCGACGGGUUUGUGGACGAAGUAGUUUCGACGGCCUCGGGUCGACGCAGAGUAGCUCACAAGCGCGCCGAGUCCGUUGCCGAGCCUCCCGGAAUCUCAGCCCUCUCUCCCCGACGGUUGGGACCGAAAACGAAGUUUGACCCCGCGCAGGAGGCCGUCGCCAUGGCCCCCUACACCCCGCGCGCUGAGACCCGGGCCACGGCUCAACCCCAGCCCGCUGGCCACCGCAGUGUCCAACCCUCAGACCCAACAGUGGAUCGGGCCCGCCAGCAGGCGCCCAAGGCUCACCCCUCCUAA